AUGACGACCACCAUGGAGAUCCUGCUGGCUCAGCCGGAACAGCUGAGCCCUGGGCGGCUGCACGGCUGUGAGGACUCUGGUGGCCACUACAAGGUGGUGCCCUCUGUCGUCUGCUCUAUGUGCUGUCUCUUUGGCAUCAUUUACUGCUUCUUUGGUGAGUCGGGACUGAGGUGCGACACUUUGACCCCUCAGAGAGCAAUGCAUCAGGAGUAUGGAGGGUAUCGCUGCUUCAAGGCAGUGAUGUUCCUGACGGGCCUGAUGUUCGGCUCUGUCGUCAUCUUCAUGCUCUGCUACAAGGAGCGCGUGCUGGACACCCAGCUGAGCGUGGAGGCCUCAGUGGGCAUCGGCCUGGGCAUCGGCACACUGUGCGGCCUGGUCACCAUGCUGGUUCGCAGCGUGGGCCUCUUCAUGGUGGGGCUGCUCCUGGGCCUGCUGGUGGCUGUGGCUGCCCUGGUGGGCAUGGAGGAGCUUUCCAACAGCCCACCACGCUCCGUCUGGGUGCCCCUGGGCGUGCUGCUUGGCCUGGGCAUGUUGUUCGCUGUUCUCACCUUGCAGUGGCAGCGCCUCUUCACCACGCUGUCCACAGCGGUGUUCGGUGCAGCCGUCAUCACCGUGGCACUGGACUACUUCGUGGAGCUCUUCGCCCUCGUGCUCUACAUGUACGAACGGAUGAAGGCAGCACCUGGAAAGUCUGUGUGCUGGCUAACGUGGGUGGUGCUGGGGGUGUGGCCUGCCCUCACGCUGCUGGGCGUGGUGGUCCAGUGGAAGGUGACUGCAGGGGAGUACUCCCACACCAAGGUAAUCAUCAGCCGGCAGCAGAGGAGGAUGCAGGUGAUGCGGAUCCGUCAGCGAGAUGAUCGCUAUCGUAACAAGAAGAAGAAGAAGCAGCAGCAUGGCUCUUCCUCUCAUCACCAUACGGCCAAACAGCUCCACCCAGAGCCCGGCUACCGCCGCAAACCCAACCCUGUUCGUCGUUACGACACAGAUGUCCUCUCACCAAGCUACAUCCAGAGUUUCCGAGACCGGCAGGUGCAGGCGCAGCCCUUCCCAGGCCAGCUGGUCGGUGGACCCCACACUGUGGUGGAUGUGGGCUAUGAGUGCAGCUCCACGGUGCCCCUCACUGGAGCAGCAGGGCCUUCACUGCGGAUCUGA